AUUAUAUUUAUUUACAUCAUCAUUCGUGUUUUUGUUUUGAUUGAUGCAUUGACUGUGAAUCAAAAUCCACAAUCUCUUCUAGAUAAUGGAAUUCCGUAAAAAAAUAUAUGGAGGUUAAAGCUUCAACGGUAGCGAAAUUCAGACAGCAGAAAAUAUGCGAUAAAGUAGUGUCUACUAAUGAAUUUUCAUGGCAGUUUUUUUUAGCCUACGAAUUUCGAACUUUUGGAGCCAAACAUGACAAACAAAAAAAACAAUAACCCUGUAGUUUUAGAAUGUUCUUUUAAAUUUAGUACUUUUAAAUCACCAAAAAUCUUAGGAAAAAUCAAUUUUCCGGAUGUCAAAAAUGUGAAAUAUUUCAGAGCUUGAAAUCACAAAAAAAAAGGAAAAAGGUCACUAGCUAUUCAUGAUUAAAAAAUAAAAUGAAUGAAAGUGAAACAAGACAAAACUUGCAAACGUCAAGUUUUCUUACCAUGAAAAAUCGAUGCAACGUCCACGAUCCGGAUGUCAUUGUAGCUGCGUUGCUCCACGACACAGUUGAGGAUACGGACACAACAUUUGAGGAAAUAGAAAUGAAUUUUGGAAGCAAAGUCAGGAAAAUUGUUGUGGAAGUAACGGAUGAUAAAAAUUUACCAAAACAAGAGCGUAAAUUGCUUCAAAUAAAGCAUUCCCCUCAUAUAAGCCACGAAGCUAAGCUCGUCAAAUUGGCGGACAAAAUAUAUAAUUUGCGCGAUUUACUGAAGGCAACACCGGUAGGCUGGACGUCUGAGAGAGUCGAAGAAUAUUUCGAAUGGUCCAAAGCCGUGAUCGCUGGCUGUCGCGGAAGUAAUUUACCUCUGGAAACCGCUGUGGAUUCAAUAUUCGCGGAAUAUGCAAAACGGAGCCUCGAAAUCAGCUGAGUAAACCCGAAAAUUGAAUUUUUCUCUACACAAUGAAUUUCCGUUGUUCUGUACAAGAGGAAAUUCAAGUGAGACGGGGAUCGAGAUUCCACGUCAAAAAUAUAUAAAAAUAUUAAUAUCAAACGAUUCAUGUAUCUUUUCAACAAUUUUUUUAAUUAAAAUAUAUUAUAAAAAAUAUAACGACA